AUGUCACUUCCGGCCAACACAGCCGCUCUGCUCAAUGAGCUUCAUCGUGACGUCGCUCGUGCUCGUCCCACAGAUGCGCUGCAAUUCUGCGCAAACUGGUUCAACGCCAAACUCGAGGAACAGCGUCGUCAGCAUCUCUCGUCCAAUCCCGCCUUUGGCGCUGCUGCUGCACUUCCUCAAAACCCACUAGGGCCCAGCGAUGUCGAUUUCGGGGGCGUUGCUCCCGGUCUCGCCUCACCUACACAACGUGCUUCCCUCUUCACUUCGGAUCCAUUUGCUCCUGCCGCCGCGGCUGCGCUACCACCAUCGUCAGCACCCGUACCCAUGGACGCAUCCUUCUCCCCCGACUCGACACCCGCACCAGCGCCUCCUACCAAUUUUCCUCCCUUGGCGUCCACCUCCAUCUCGAAUGCGCCGCUCAUCCCGCCCACCUUCAACCUCGCCAGGCGCACCUCGGUCUCGGCAGAGAGCAUGGCCCCUUCGGCUGCCAACGCAGAGUCUGACGGCUCACCCUUGCCCAAGACCGUCAUUGUCAAGUCUGAAGAGCAGAUGCAGAGGAUCCGUGGCUCCAUCGGCAACAACCUGCUCUUCCGCAAUCUCGAGCAGGACCAGUAUCGCGACGUGCUCCUCGCGAUGAAGGAGGUCAAGGUGGACGCGGACGUCACCGUCAUCGAACAGGGUGCACAGGGCGACUAUUUCUACGUCGUCGAGUCCGGCACGCUCGACGUCUAUGUUCGCGCUCCUCCUCGCAACGGCGAACUCGAGUCGCCAUCCUCGGCGUUAGGCGACAAAAAGGUGUCGUACGGUCCCGGUUCGUCGUUCGGUGAGCUGGCGCUGCUCUACGCCCAGCCGCGUGCUGCCACCGUGCUUUCCACAUCGCCCUGCACGCUGUGGGCGCUCGAUCGAAUCACCUUCCGCUCGAUUCUCAUGGAGACCAACUCGCGUCGCCGGGCGCUCUACGAGAAGUUCCUCAUGGACGUUCCUCUGUUUGAGCGUCUCUCGGCCGCCGAACGCGCCAAGAUCUCGGACAGCCUCGAGCUGCGCGAAUACGCGCCCGGCGAGGCUGUCAUCACGCAGGGCGAGCGUGGCACCGAGUUUUUCAUUAUCGUCGAAGGCGAUGCCGAGGUGCGCAAGACCAAGCAAGGCGCGCGCGAGGAGGUGGUGGGCAAGCUGUCCAGGGGCGACUACUUUGGUGAAUUGGCGCUGCUCAACAACGCUCCACGUGCUGCUACUGUCGCUGCUGUUGCCGCUAGUGCAACCAAGUUGAGGGUGGUGACGAUGAGCGAGAGGGCGUUUACGAGGUUGUUGGGUCCUCUGGCCGGGAUUUUGGAGCGUCAUGCCAAGGAGACGUAUGGAGACGAGUACUCGUUGGGCCACGUCAAUGCCAAUGCUGCUACCAGCGUCAACAAUGGCGCGUUGGCGGGUGCAGCGGGUGAAGUGGAUGUCGGCAACAGCUUCCCGCACCCCAUGGACUCGACUGCCAAGCCGGGCGAGGGGGCAUGGAGCGCUCCUAACCCCUUUGCAGCAGCUUGA